AUGAGCCAGUUCAUUGGCCUGCACAUGCGGGUGGUGCUGAGGGAUCCUGCCGGACACCUGCUCACGGGCACGGUGAGUGAUGUUCAGGCGGGCAUCAGCCUCACUCUGACAAACGUAUUCCUCACUGCGACGCGGGAGUGGAUUCCUCACAUUCGAAUCGACGCCUCCAACAUCGCAGACCUGUCCGAAGUGCACUGCGAUGGACCGGAUACGAAGGCACCACCCGCCCCGAAGACUACGUACGCCAGCCAACAGUCACCCAGGCAACCCCCCGUGCAGCAACUGCCCACGAAGCCGAUCCAGCCUGCCUUUGUCGAUCCAGCCAUUCUGAGUCUGGGAAGACGGCCCAAGUCGGCGGCAUCGGGAAAGCCCAAGAACCCUCCUGGCCAGGAAGUGGACGAGACCGACCCAGCAGCGCAGCCGGGAGUCUUGUACGGGAUACAUGUGGGACGGCAGUCCUCGGUUGACUCGGGCGACGAGGACACCAUUGUGGCGUCGGUGAAGGAUUUGAAGAUAGAUCCUGUAGUCAUUCCCAAGGACGUGCCAAGUAAUAAGCUUCGUCCCGCCAAGGAGGUGCCCGGUUCCACGCAGACAACACAGCAGCAGCAGCAGCAAAAGAAGAAGGCACGUCGGCAUCCCAAGGCUCACAAGGAGCAUCUCGGUGAGCCGCAAGUAGCCAUGCAGACACAGGGGCACGGAAAGGGCUGGCGGCAAACUCCCAUUCUGCAGAGCAACGCUUCUUUCCAGCCGUUUACCUCCCUCAAGCGAAACACGAAGGGCGUCAAGAAUCUCAUGGACAAUGGAUUCGCCUCCGAGGAUGUCACGGAAGAGAUGGGCGACUUCGACUUCGAGAACAACCUGGCCAAGUUCGAUAAGCACAAGCUCUUUGACCAGAUGAGGAAAGACGACCAGGUCGACGAUGCGAGCCGCCUCGUGGCACACAACCGCCGGCCCAAGCCUGGAACGGCGGGGGGCAAGAACCUGCACUACACGGAAAACGUGCUGGAUAUACCUUCGGGCACGGCGACGCCCAGUGCCGACUACUGGAACAGCGAGGCAGACGUGGGCGCCAACGGGUCGGAGAGGCUGAGCGGCCGAGAGCCCAAGAACGGGGCCCAGGGUAGUCGGCGGCCCGACAGCAAGACGGGGGCUGGCAAACGCUCGCAGUCGCGCAAGGCGAGCACCGCUGCCGUGGGGAGCCAGCCACUUAGCAGGGUCAACUCCAGCCUACGGUAUCAGGCAUCUCGCCGGUCAAGCCCCACGACGGGGCACCGCAGCACCGACUACGAGCAGCAGCAACAACAGCCCGGCCUCUACCUGGUGCCUUCCAACCGCCGCGUGGAGACGAUAUCUACGCUCCAGAUGCUCAACAUCGAGAACAUUGCCGCCAACGAGAUUGGCUUCAGCGAGGCGCUCAUGGCGGAAAAUGCCGGCAGGGGCAUCGCCGAGGUGGCCGUGACCGCGCUGUCCGACCCGGCCAUGAAGGUCCGAUUCGAGAUGGUCGUGGCCGCAGCGUCCAGCAAUGCCUCGCUGCGCACGUCUACGAUUGUGAUUCUUGCCGGUAACAACAAGUCGGGCACCCGCGCGCUGGCCGCUGGUCGUCAUCUGCGGAACAAGAACUUUGACGUGGUUGUGUGCUUGGUGGGCAUCGAGCGCGAGCGCGACUUGCUGGAGGAUUUGAGGCGUCAGAUACAGCUCUACCGGAACUUUGGAGGCAAAGUACUGAGCAAGAACGACUUCUUCGAGUACCUCCGAAAGGGAUCCGGAUCGGCUAGCGGCCUGCCCAUCUCCCUCAUCAUCGACGCGCUGCUGGGGCUCACCAUGUCGUUUGAGGAGCUGCGGGUGGGCGACCAGGCGUCGGUGUACGAGCUGAUGGAGUGGGCGAACCGGAACGAGGCGUUUGUGUUGGCGGUAGACGUGCCCUCUGGCAUUGAUCCGACAAGCGGCAAGGUUGCCAUCAUCGAUGGGGGCCACUUGUUCGUCAAGCCACGCUACGUCGUUGCCAUUGGAGCACCCAAGAAGGGGCUUCUGGAAGCCGUCACACCGCCCCCCCACGAUGAUUCGGGCCUCUCAUCAGAUAUCGGCCACGAGGACGAGUGGCGCCUGUUUAUCGCCGACUUGGGCCUCGGCAGCUCCAUCUGGAGAAAGUCUGGCACCAAGAUCCGACGAGGCAUCGAUUUCGACGGCAAGUGGGUGCUGGAGAUGAAGUACCGCGGCCUCGAGGAGAGCGAAGAGGAAGACUAG